ACAUGGAGAGGCACACUUGCAAUACUUCUUAGAAUAUCUAUCUUUUCCUUAUUAUCAUGGCUAAAUCCAAUUCAUCAGUCGGUAGAGGCCCUUCAAUGAUUUCGAUAGUAUUUCUACUUGGGCUGCUGGUGGCUACCUUUGAAACAACAGGAGCCCAAAUUGGUGUAUGUUAUGGAAUGCUUGGAGAUCGUUUACCGCCCCCAUCAGAAGUUAUUGCUCUGUACAAGCAAAAUAACAUCGGAAGAAUGCGACUGUAUGAUCCAAACCAGGCUGCUCUAGCAGCCCUUAGAGGCUCUAAUAUUGAGCUCAUGCUAGGCGUUCCAAAUGACAACCUUCAAAGCCUUGCCUCAAGCCAGGCCAAUGCAAAUACUUGGGUCCAAAACAAUGUGAGAAACUAUGGCAAUGUAAGAUUCAAAUACAUUGCGGUAGGAAAUGAAGUCAAGCCCUCAGACUCCUAUGCCCAAUUUCUUGUCCCGGCCAUGCAAAACAUUCAGAACGCAAUUUCUAGUGCUGGUUUGGGAAUUAAAGUCUCCACUGCCAUAGACACUGGAGUGCUUGGAAAUUCCUUUCCUCCUUCCAACGGAGAGUUCAAGUCCGAAUAUGGAGCACUUUUGAACCCCAUCAUCCGCUUCCUAGUGAACAACAGAUCGCCGUUGCUGGUUAAUUUGUACCCUUAUUUCAGCUACAUCGGCAACACUCGUGACAUUCGUCUAGAUUAUGCUCUUUUCACAGCCCCAUCAGUUGUGGUACAAGAUGGCCAACGUGGCUAUCGUAAUCUUUUCGAUGCCAUUUUGGACGCUGUUUAUGCCGCUCUUGAGAAGGCGGGCGGAGGGUCUUUGGAAAUUGUCAUAUCCGAAAGUGGUUGGCCAUCAGCUGGUGGAACGGCAACAACAAUUGAUAAUGCAAGGACUUAUAAUGCAAAUCUGAUUCAACAUGUUAAGGGAGGGACUCCAAGGAAGCCCGGAAGGGCCAUAGAAACCUACAUCUUUGCCAUGUUUGAUGAGAACAGAAAGAACCCGGAAUUUGAGAAACAUUGGGGGCUGUUUUCACCAAGCAAACAGCUGAAAUACCCAAUCAACUUCAACUGAGUAGCUAGGCAAGUGUAGUUGUGGUUAGCAAUCUAACCACCAAUAAAACUGCAAUAAAUAGGCUGUCAUGUAUGGCAUCACAUGUACCCAAAUAAUGCUCACAUAGAGCAAAUAAUCUUAUAAAACUACCGUAACUUAAAAUAUUAUGUCUUUUUUUGGCAGUAUUGAUGCAUUACAAAUGCCAUUAUAA